AUGUUGUUAUUUCGGGAUUUUGUGCACAAACUCACUUCUUAUGAAGAUGACUGCACUGGUGCAGUAAAAGGAAAUCCAAAAGUUGUUGAAGUUCGUUUAGGACUUCGUACAAUGAAUUACGCUUGUUUAGGAGCUCGACAUUGGUCUGUUUUACUAAAACUCAGUAAUGAUCAAUGGGCUUGUAUUCAAUUCCACAUAACAGGUAUGAUAACUGCGGAUAUAUUUGAUUGUGAAGAAGAUGCCGUUCUUUAUACAAGUCCAAGAGCUUAUCACAAGGUGCGAACAUCAAUUUAUGGUUCUACUACUCAGUCGCUUUAUUGGUCAGAUGUUGUUAAUUGGAUAGAAAUGGAACAAGGCAAACAUUAUAUGUUAGGAUUUCGAGAUUGUCAAAACUUUGCUCGUAAAAUGGUUCGAUGGUUAACUGGUAGACGUAUCGGAGUAUGGCCAACCGAAAAUGGAAAAAUAUUCUAUCCAGAAACAUUUGACGAAGAUGAAAAGUUACUGGUGAUUCUUGAUAGAAUAGUCCUAAUGGUCGUCCCUGUAAAAGAGAUGAUCAAAGAUGGGAAACAGUCAGCGAGUGCGCUUCAUACGAUGGUUCCUCUGGUCGUUCCUGAAAAACAGAUGCUUCGAGGCUAA